UGCAGUCGACAGUGCUACUACACAAUAAUGACAUAAAUAUAUGUACAUAUACAAACACCGAGUUAAGGUUUCGAAUUUGGUGGUAUUUCACAAAAAAUUCAUUUGACAUGUCCACUGAUCAUCACGGUGGUAAGGGUUAUACGCCUUUACCGCAAAGCAUAAGUAACACUGAUACCGAAGAUGAAGAAGAUUGUUUGGCCCAUCAAAACGAAGCUCCUAAAGACCAUACUAGCGAUGCACUAGCGGAAUCGAGAAUAGUUCACGAAAAUGGAGUAUAUUAUCCCUUGGAUGAAACAAAAAAUGCAGCUAAUCGCAUGAAAAACGGACAAAACAUGCUUAAAUAUUAUAGAGACGAUAUACCAAUAAUGGUAAUUGAAGGGAACGAUCAAAAUGAUUUAUGGAAACCACGUGAUAUGUCUCUUCUUCGACGUUUCUGCUUGGUUAUAUCGAUAUUAUUAUGUAUUGUAACAAUAGUUGUAUUUUUGUAUGUUUUACCAUGCGAUAACUCUAUGGUAUGUCCAACCAUUGCUGAACCUCAGUCAUCCAUAUCAUGGGAUAAAACUUUGCAAGGAGUAGAAUUACACGGGCCUAUCACUAUUAUUCGACAAAAACCAUCGAAUCUUAUAUUCCUUGUUCGUGGACAAAAAUACAGGGGAAAUGAUUCAAAUGAAGAUCCAGGACAAAUAUCAGCAGACGGAGGAGGAGUUAUGUCAAUGCAAGGAAACAGUGGUUUACCAUUAUGGCUGGUUUCAUUGCAAAGACCACCUACUGAAAUAGACUGCAUUUCAGUUGAUACUGACCGAUCUGGAAAACCAGACUGCAUAGUUGCUGGUGAUCAAGGUCUUUUAGCUAGUAUUGAACCUAUUGCAGGCACUAUACAUUGGAGCUCGAAAAUUCAUACGUUUGAGAAACUACCUGUAAUUUUGCCAGAUAUUGAUUCGGAUAGAGUUGCAGAUUUUUUGAGUGUAGAAGUAGCAAUAAAGAAUAUGCCUAAUCUUGUUCUUUUAUCUGGAGGGACUGGUCAUCUCUUAGGAAGAUAUUCACCUGGAAACUGUUCAUCGAUCAAUAUAUAUAAUCUUGUCUCUAAUCAUACUAUAUCUUAUAUCUGCACCGACAGUAACAGAAAAAGUGUUGUUAGCACAAUGACUUUUGUUGGAUUACUUCAUGCUAUGAAGUUACCAGAGUCAUACAUGAAGACUGCAACAAAAUCCGUAACAUUCCGGCUGUUUGAAACUUUAAAAUUUGAUAAUGAUAAACUCAGUUGGAAGCCUACACCGUAUCAUUAUUUAUCUAUAGAAAAUGAAGGUUCGUGUCCUGGAGAAUUUUGCAGAGCUAGUGUAAAUCUGACAUUGCAAAAAUUUGGGAACCAACCAGUAACCAUAUGGGAUCAUGUUAGCCCAAAUUCGUUUGUAUCGAAACCAGCUUUCUUAGUUAUGUCUAAGAAUCCUUACACUUCUGGAUUCGCCAUUAAAUUUUGGCAGUGGGUUGACACAAUGUCUGAGCAUACAACGAAAGUAAAAGAAAUUAAAGAGAGAAGACUAAUAGAAAGUGUACUAAUAGUUUUUGUAAAUUAUACAGAGGUGCAAGUCAUGAAUACAAGUCAGAGUGAUAUUACUCAAUUGUGUCACGGUUCAGACUGUCAACCCAAUUUGAAUUCGCGUGCUCGUUUUAGUUCAAUCAAAAUUGAUUAUAUCAGUGACGAUGGAUUUCCAGAAUUAAUAACUUACUGGUCAUCAUACGAUAUAGAAUCACCAAAAGUACUAACGUCUAAGGUGCAAGUUGUAAAAUUAGAUUCAAUCGUGACUAACUUCACGCGCUUAAAUGCCUAAUGUCUUUUUACGUUUCAUUAACAGCUACUCUUGUUUCUACAUACAUUACUUGUCCAGCUUCACCGCUCGAAACUGUGUAUAAUAAACAACAACGAAAGGAAACGAAAACGUGUGCUCGUUUCAUGAAUAUAUUUAUGUGAAGUUAUUAACGGUGGCUGGUCAUAAAUCUAUUAGAACUA